AUGGCUGAGGGACGCCCUUUCGUCCCGGACACGGCCCCCGUGACCGAGUUCGGUUCAAAGCGUUUCCACGACAAGAUUGAGCAGCAGCAACACGAUCCGCAGCAUCAUGUCAGCGGCACCAACGCUGCGCACCUCCCGAGCGGCUCGAGAUUCAUCCUCCCGGUGCGAGAGAGCAGGACCGAUGUCGAAGCCGUCAAGCCCGAGCACAGACGCGAGAGGAGGGGCUUCUUCAGUCUCAGGCACAAGGUCUCGUUGCUGCACCACUCCAAACUGUCGCAUGAGCCCGUCGAGCCCUCCACCCCCCUCCCGGCCACCUGCACCUUGACCGAGACGGCCGCCCGCAAGAGGUAUGUUGCUGCAUCUCCGUGUGACUCGGCGACGCCCACUGACCGCGCCAUCUGCUCCAGCGUACCCCUCGAGCAGCAGUUCCUGGCCCUGCCUAACGAGCUGCAGAGCCACAUCCUCUCCUACCUCCCCCUCCCCGAUAUCCUCACCCUCCGCCUCGUCUCCAAGCCGUGGAACACCCUCGUCACCAUCCACGAGACCCCCAUCGUGAGGCAUCACCUCCAGCACUUCGUCCCCGCCUACGCCCGCCGCCUAUACCCUGUCGGCAAUGACGCUGCUGACCUCAACCUCCGCUAUCUCUGUGGCCUGUGGCAUCGUCUGCACGUCGCCGCCAAGCUCUCGUACAUGAUGAGCGAGUGGAUCACCAGGGACAUCUUCCUCUGUCGCACCGAGCUCCAGCGCCAGACCUUUGCUGGCCAGUACGAGCGCAUGCGCCGCCGCCUCAUCCCCCUCGUCUUCACCACCUUCCAUUUCUUCGAGACGUACCGCAAGCUGCACCUGCAGUACGUCGAGGAGCACGGCUACGGCCUCAAGCGAAUGCCCUACACUGUCAACCCUAUCGAGCAGGAGAUCAUCGCCAUGUACGACGACCAGACCCUCCUCCGCGUGCAUGAGGUCUUCCCCCUCAUCAUAUCGUCUUUCUGCCGCCGCCUGCGUCCCCCAACCUACGUCGGCAGAGUCGAGCGCUCCCUCCGCGGUUACAUCCGGGAGGCGCCAGCCGACGAUGUCCAUGUCGCCAUCCUGUGCAUAGGAGGCAUGCGCCAGGUUGAGAGGCUGUGGGAGAUCAAGGGCUACAACAGCCGUCUGGUGUCGGUGGAUAACUGGUACAGCUCGUUGACCAAGGAGGCGCCAUCGUCGACAUGGGGAGGAUUGAUGUCAGCAGCAGCGGCAGGAACGUCAUCAGCCGACGCAGCACCCGCUACCAAGUCGCGUCGUGGCCUGAUGAGCUUUGGCCGCAAGAGAUCUGUGGGUGGCGAGUCGCGAGAGAACCACCACAGCCGCAACGGCGGUGAGCACAACCGGGCAUCACUCAGCAGCCUCCAUCGCACGAGGAGUCCGACAGGCUCCAUGAUGGAGGGCGUCGUCAUGACGGACCCUAACACGGCGGCGGCAGCAGCGGCGGCAGCGACAGAAGCCGCCACCGCGACGCCCACCUGGACCCUGUCCUCGAGCCUCUCGGCCGCGACACCGCCCAUGGGCGCGCUGGGACGCGACCAGGCACAGGCCCUCCUCAGAGACCUACCCCUGCUGCAGCAGAUCUGGGUGUCGACGGCCGAGGCCACCAUCCUUGACAGGAAGAUUGUGCGGCGAAGCCAGGAUAUCAAGCGCAACCAGCAGGUCUUGCUGCACCUGAUUCGCGAGGACACCCUCGAAGACGACGACGAGUGGGCGUACGGUCAGAAACUCCACGACUCUGUCCGACCACCUGCCAACCUCACCAAUGAUGAAGACGCAGAUUAA